GGUUGCGAUCCGUGCUCCUUUUUUUGCGCAGCACCACCACCUUUCCACCUGAAACGGCCCGGCAAGGCCGCGAGAGGACCAAGGUUAGGCCUUCGGUCUUUCUUUCUCUCUCUCUCUCUACAGUAUAGGGACGGGGAAAUAGAGCGCGACCUCCAACCAUAGAGUGCGAACUGGAGGAAGGGGAAGGCUUCUAUAGCGGCUGUCUUGCGUGGCCCGAGACGCAGCCCCGCCUCUUUCUGUCGAUAUCGUGCUAGAUAGGUCCGGCGAAGCGUGGAGAUGGAAAGCGCUGGCGAAGAGCGGCUGCCGACUGAGAUGGAAACGCAAACUCACCAAGAAGGCUUCACGAAGGUCCUCAAGCGGAAGAGGCGCCGGGAGCCCCAGAUGGACACGAACGAGAGCCCGGUGCCUCGGAAGCGGCCGGAUUUCCCCCCUCUUAGCGGAGAAGCCCUCGCCUGUGGAAAAGAUGAAUUGAGAAAAAUUCCUGUACCAGCAAACAGAUAUACUCCUUUAAAAGAGAACUGGAUGAAAAUUUUUACACCAAUUGUAGAACAUUUGCAGCUUCAAAUUAGAUUUAACUUAAAAACAAGGAAUGUAGAGAUAAAGACUUGUAAAGAAACAAAAGACAUAGGUGCUUUGACAAAAGCAGCUGAUUUUGUAAAAGCUUUUAUACUAGGAUUUCAAGUUGAGGAUGCACUUGCAUUAAUCAGAUUAGAUGAGCUUUUUCUAGAAUCAUUUGAAGUAACAGAUGUCAAACCUUUAAAAGGAGAUCAUCUUUCAAGAGCAAUAGGAAGAAUUGCUGGAAAAGGCGGAAAAACCAAAUUUACUAUUGAAAAUGUAACAAGGACGCGAAUAGUUCUUGCAGAUUCGAAAGUUCAUAUUUUAGGAUCUUUCCAGAACAUUAAAAUGGCACGGACAGCCAUUUGCAAUCUCAUUCUAGGAAGUCCUCCAUCCAAAGUUUAUGGCAAUAUUAGAGCAGUAGCAAGCAGAGCAGCAGAAAGAUUUUAAGACCAUGGUUUUUGAAGUCACACGCUUCUACACAAGAUACUGGAAAACACUUGAAGGAAGCAAUGUCAGAAUACUGUUUACAAGAAAGUGUGCUUUUCUUUAAAACCCAAAACAAACACAUUGUGUUUCAGAAGCUCUGCUAAACCAUUUCAAGUGGGUGGCAUUUCAGCCACACCAAAAUUUGGAAUAUUUUGUUUGUCCAGUUUGGGCUGAAACAAAAUUCAGGAUUUUAAGGGUGAGUUGGGCAAGGCUGAUAUGCCGGGCCUCUCUUUUCCCUCCUGGCUUGUGGCAGGCUACCAAUAUUUUCCAAUGUCUCCCUUGCCCUACUUCCCGCUAGCUACUGCCACAUCUUUAGCUUCCAGUGGAAAUACCCACCUGAACUACUCAUUCCUGAUAUUUGCACUUUCUUAGUUUUUGGUUGCCACCAAUAUCCCUGGGUUUUCCACUUUCUCCAAUGCCCCAAAACAAUUCUUUCUGAAUUAAUUUAUGCCUAGGCCACUCAAAACUAGCAGCUCCAUGCAUGGAAUAUUUUUCACAUCCCUAGUAAACUGAUAGCAAUUUUCAGUUCCAACAGCAAUGUUCUCAAGCAAGUAUCUAUUAUCAAGUGUUCUAAAUGAAGUUAUGUCCAAUAAAAACUGGUACUUGAAUUUC